AUGUCAACGAAUAAUAAAGUGAGUUCUAUGUGAUACUUUUUUAUUUAUUUUUUAUACAUUUAUUUUUUAGAAAAUGUGGCGAACCGCUGUUCCGAUUUUGGAACUUGAUACGAAAACCGAUGGAAAACCGAAAAUGUAGGUUUUUUCAAAUAUUUUUGGGGGAUCUCUAAUUUUUGGAAACGUAAAAAAAACAAGGCACCGAGGAAACGUUUACUGAAACUUUGCCAGUUAAAUUAACUACUGAUAGAAAAUUAUUCGAAAAAUAGCAGUUCGUCAUAUAGUUAUGACGUGGCAAAGUUUACCACUGAUAAUUUUUAUUGUUGAAAUUUCAGGGGUUGGACAUCACAAUCUCCAUCCAUCAUGAAAGAUCAGAGAUCAAAAUUGUUUCCAAAAAUUUAUAAAAUUCUCAGAGAUUCGCUGGCCAGCUGGUCACUAGGUGGGGUCGACUGCCCAUCUGAAAUUGACACGGACAACCACAUCGCCCGUAUUUUUUGCCAGACGACCUGGUCGCGAGGUGGUUCAGUUCAUGCAGACCACCUCGCCCAGGUUGUCCAGCUCGACCCGAUCUCGCGUCCAGAUCGUCUCGCUUAAGAGAAAAAGGUCUAAAAAACUUGUGAAUCCGAGCAUUCUAGAAGAAAUUGGCUCAUUUUCUGUUUUUUCGGAGUACUAGAAACCUUAGGAAGUGAAAAAAACAGUAAAAAAUGCACUAUUUUGAGUACAAACCACCGUCUUGCUAGCUUUCCAGGAUUUCAAACACACAGACCACGUGGCCGGAAAACUCAAGGCGACCUGGUGGCCGAAUCAAAUUCAGCUCGUUUUGAACUUUCCGGCCACCUGGUCCUGAUUUAGUGGCGAGCUGGCCAGCGAAUCUCUGAGUUUGCAAAUUCAGUGAAAUUUGAAUUCAAAAAUAUUGCUUCAGAAAUUUAUCAGUGUCCAGAAAAUCACAUUGUUAAAAACAUUUUUUCUUGAAAAAUUUGAAAAAAUUUCAACCCAGAGUCAUCUUCGAAACUUUUGAAUAGAUUAUAAUUCUAAAUACUGAAAAUAAAAUUUUUGAUCUAACGUGAAAAUAUUUUAAUCCGCUCGCAAUUGUCUAUUUUUUAUCUCCAUAGUAACUUCUUUUCAAUAUUUAUUCCUCUUUUUUUGCAGUUCUGACAUUCAUUAUUCGACAACAACAAAAAAAUCGAAUUCAAAAAUGUAUCUCGAGAUUAUUCGCCAAAAAUUGAGGUGAGUAGAUUAUUUUUGGGGGACCAUAAAAUAACAUAAAAUAAAAGAACGCUGGUUGCUAUUGGAGUCUCGAAUUUCAUCACUCAACUUUUCACUUGUUAUUUUAUUUUUGGAAACAAAGUGACACUUUGUUGAUAUUUUGCAUAUUUGUUCAGAUUAUGAAUAUGAAUGAAGAAAUGAGUAAACACUUGACCAUGACAUGAUUUUUGAAAAAAAAUAAAUACAACAAACAGGUGUGGUUUUUAACUAAAGUCAUCCAAAAUUUACUCAAAACUUUUUUUCUCAUUUUUUUGGGAGAAAUGAUUUAUUCGAUUUCCAAAACCAGUUUUUUGUGUUUCUCACUUUCUGCGUCUCUUCAACAAAUCUUGUUUUUUUCUUCAAAUCUACCAAUUUCGGACAUUUUUUCAUUUAUUUCGAAAUCCUAUUUAUUUUUCAAUAUUUUGUAGUUUUAAAGUAGUAUUUUUUGAAAGCUCAUAAAUAAACAAGUGUUUACCAAAGUCAUUAACACAUUUUGUUAUUAGUUGAAAUUCGAAAAAAAAACAAUAAAAACUGGAAAUUAUUUGCCUCUUGCUUGCAAAGAACACAUUUGUAUUCGUAUUCGCUCAUAAUAUUUUAUAGAUUUUUUAUAUAUUCCUUUUUCCUUUUUUCGUAUACAAAAUAAAUAAAUACAAAUGUUAAUUUUUAUUGAUUCACACAUUUUCUUCCUACCAGAAUGAGUAUAAUUUUUCUAACUUGAGAAAACAACCAACUUUUUUCAGCAAUUUGAUGAAGAAAAAUGUGGACGAAAAACCGUUCAGUGAUAUUUCGAUUGAUGAAAGUUGUUCGAUAGAAGGUGUUAAUCCGGGAUUUGUUGAUUCAACUCCUUCGAGCAGUCGAGAAACAUUGAAUGAAAUUAAAAGUAAGUUGGAAAAAAAUGUAUUGAAACGUGAAUUAAAUGUUGAUGGAGGCUGUCAUUUUCUAAAAAAAAAACGUUUUGAACUCAAAUGAGUUUUGAUCAAGGUCCUAAAAAAUGUUGCCAAAUUUCUGAUAUAUUUUUCCCAAUGUUUUAUUUUCGAGAAAAACCAUGGUAAAAUUAUUUCAUUAUGUUUAACAUCAUUUGAAAAUGAUCCGAGGAAAUUUGACCAUGUUUAAAACCACAUUGCUCCAAAUCACCCUAAAAAUCCAAAAUUUUGGAACAAUUCUUUUUUCCUCCAAAACUUCAUUCAUUUCAUAUUUUCUUAUUUUCAGAACCUUCUCCUCCUCUAUCUUCCAAUCCACGUGUUCCUUCAAAUAAUAAACCUUUACCGAUCGAUUUUCAUCCUCAUCCACCAUUUUCUUGUCUUCCAGUUUAUAUUUUCAUAAUAAUUUGUCUUUGUUGUAUUUUAAUCGCUGCUGUCAUUCAUACCGUAAUCGCUGUGAAACCCGAAUUUCUAUAUUCUGAUGGAAAUCAAACAUCAUCCGAACAAAAUUACACUACAGUAACCCUGGCGCCCCAAUAA